UAAAUAAACCCAGCGAAAUGGACCUCCCCUGUUGACUCAUCCUCCUCUUCUCUCGCUGUCGCUGUGGAGGAUCCAUGGAGCAUCUGCUGGGGCUCAUCAAGCUGCGGGUGGCGAAGGGCGUCAACCUCGCCUACCGAGACGCCACCGGAAGCGACCCCUACGUCAUCGUCCGUAUGGGAGGCCAGAAAUUGAAGACAAGUGUGAAGAAGAACAAUGUUAAUCCAGUUUGGAACGAAGAUCUGACUCUCACGGUCUCGGAUCCUAUUCAUCCACUUAAGCUUCAAGUUUUCGACAAGGACCUAUUUAGCCGAGAUGAUAAAAUGGGCGAUGCAGAGAUCGAUAUCCAUUCAUUUGUAGAAGCAACAAAGCUGAACUUAUCCAACAUCCCUAAUGGCACCGUGAUCACCACCGUGAGACCCAACCGACACAACUGCCUGGCCGACGAGAGCGCUAUUGUUUGGAGAGAUGGCACAGUGGUACAAGACAUUAUUGUCAGGCUCAAAAAUGUAGAGAGCGGGGAAUUGGAACUGCAGUUGUCAUGGAUCAAUCUAUCGCAAGCUUCAGGCUCGUAAGCUGCUUGAUUCAGAGAAUGAUGGAAUACUUUUGUUUUCCUACCCUAUAGCAUAGGUACAGCAUUUGGAUCAAUUCGAUCAGGCACUCCCUAUCUAUUUUCAUUUUCCAGAGUGAUGAAAUACUUCAGGUUUGUAAGCUUCAGCUGUAGAAGCAAUGUGUGCAGUGGAAAUGCCAAAUAAACUGAGUAUGCUCCUGUAAUAUUUUGUUUUCACCAGAUAAUCAGAGGAUGAGCAGGUUGUGUAUUGAUGUUUCGGAAGAAGAUUGGGAUCUUUUAUGAUUUUCAA